AGGAACACGUUGAAGAGAUGGCAGCACUGGCGACGUGAAGUGUGACAGACAUACGAUUAGGAAGCGCACAAAAUUAAAGAAAUAACACGGACUCCAAAGAGCUUGAAAGUAAUCGAAGAAAAAGAGCAACUCGCGCCUGGUACCUUUGAAAUUAAUAGCAGUCAAGAGGAUAUUGUUGUUUGAGGGAAUUUAUACUACACCGACAAAACCAUCUGGUUUUUGUUUCGGAAAUAAAGGUCCAUCAGCAGAAUGCGUCGGUGUACAGCAGCGUUACUUCUGUUAGUUAUUGCUCUAUAUUCUCUCCAUGUAGAAGCCUACAAGUGCAGGUGCACAAGAAAAGGGCCAAAAAUCCGUUACAAGGAUGUUCAGAAACUGGAGAUCAAACCCAAACACCCCUUCUGCCAAGAGAGGAUGAUCUUUGUGACCAUGGAGAAUGUGACACGGUUCAAAGGUCAGGAGUAUUGCCUGCACCCGAAAUUGCAGAGCACCAAGAACCUUGUCAAGUGGUUCAGGAUCUGGAAGGAUAAGCACAGGGUGUAUGAGGCCUAAAAGCAUGGAUUACCAGCAAAAAUAAAUCAAGUGAGAAGAUGAAACAACGUCAACAAACAGAACAGUUUUUACGUGAAAUAGGAGACAGAAUGUCCACAACCAGUUCUUCCUCCCCAGGAGUGAGGUUUUUAACAUACGCACAAUAUGAUUUAGUUGACAAUGAGGCUAGUAGCUGUAAUCACAAAAGUAAUUUCCAACUGUUAUAAUGGUCACAAUUCGACAAUUGCAACAUACAAGACUGUUUACCCAUUCAAACAUCUCUAAAGGAAAAUCCCUUGAGGAAGGUUGAAUAAGUCUUGACCAAGAUUUUGGAUAUGAUACAUGAAUCACGUGUCUGUUCUGAGGUUAGAGUAUAUCAUAGAAUUUAAGUCUUGUAGCACCAAGGAGUUAUAUGAUUCUUGUUGUAACCAUGCCAUUGAUUGAGAAGGUUCUCCCUAAGUUUCUGUUAGUGCAAAACUGAUGUUUAAAACUUACAGACGCAAAGGGACGAGGUAACAAUGCAGGCUCUCAUUCCUAAAUAAUAAGACCAAGACCAAGUCUGUGUUUUGUCAUCAUUUAUGACAAAAUAUUUUUUUUUUCAAAGAGAGAUGGCAUAAAUGAUAGGCUACAGAAGCAUCUAGCACACUAGAUGUACAACAUGUAGAGUAUGUUGUUCUUUACAGUAUAUUGUGCCAUUCCUACAUCCAAGUUCAUGAGUUGUGUAUAAUAUAAAUAUUAUGAACCUAAAAGGUCCUCUAUCAUAUGAAAAGCUGGUCAGAUUUGUUAUUUCUGCACCCAGUGUCGAUCAUUGGUAUACGGUUAUUGUAUAAACAUAGUCAUUGGUGAUGUUUUGUAUCAGGAUUUAUAUCUAUUCUGUUUCACUUGUAACCAACCUGUAAACCAAGUUUUGGGAGUUUCCUGAAAUAUGUCAUAUUCACUUAUUUUUUAAGAUACAUUUGCUACAAAUGCACUACACAUAAAGGAAGCAAACUUAUUAAGCAAUAUCUCAGUGUAUGACUUUCAAUAGGAAAAUAUGGAUAAUUAAUUAUUGAACUAAAUUGCCCUGCAAAGACAACAUUGUAGAGGUCUGACCUUAAACGUUUCUUCAUGACAACUUAUACAGUUAAAGUUGUGGUUAUUUUGUAAACUGUUGAUACACAUUCUUGAUUCAAAUAUAUAUACAAAAGUAUAUAUAAAUAAUCACUAUGUAAAUAGAGCAAUAGCUUGUUAGUGACAAUGAAUUCAUCUAGGACUUCAUAGCAAAAUGUGUUGUAUUACUGAGUUGUUUUGCUAUUUAAUUGUAAUUUUGGUCAAAUGUUGUUUGAACUGACACAUCAAACACAUUAUGUAAACAUUCCAAUGUGUGUAAAUCAAUAAGCACAGCAAUAAACAAUGUCUAAAACAA